GUGUAGCCUCGGACUAUCUGACAUUCAAUAUAUCGAUAUAGACUAUAUCAAAGGCUUAUCUACACCAAAUGUGCUAUACUUACCAAAUUCUAAAUGCACUAUUAGUGCAUCUAGGAAUGCUUAUACAGUCCGGUAUGUACGGCCCCAUUUAUCAACGUGGCCUAAUCUAACUGCCCCGCUCAUGCCGCGGAUCGAAAGAAUAUCUUCGAAGUGGUUGGACAUUCCAAAUAGUGGCUCUUGCAUAUUCGUCUCUUGGAAUCUGAAAGCUUUCUGACUUUUACAGGCCCAAUCCCACAUUGUCGUCUCGUAGAUAGGUAAUUUGAUUACUCUAUAGCACAAACAUGACCCGUCUCCUAAACAAAGUAGCCCUCAUCACCGGUUCCUCCUCAGGAAUGGGAAGAGCGAUUGCCCUUCGCUACGCAAAGGAGGGUGCACACGUCGUCUGCGCAGACAUAUCGCCAACUGCUCGACCCAUAGUCCCCGAAGAGGGCAAGAUAACUACCCACGAUGCUAUCAUUGAAGCAGGCGGACGAGCCAUCUACGUUCAAACAGACGUCGGCGAAGCCCAACAAAUGGAACGAGCGGUAAAAACAGCAGUAGCGGAGUUCGGUCGACUGGAUAUUUUAGUCAACAACGCCGGAAUUGCCACUGAAGCGCGGAGUCCGACUCGAAUUCACGAAACAGACGAGCAUGUCUGGGACACGAUCCUACGGGUGAACACGAAGUCGAUCUUCCUCGGUUGCAAGUAUGCAAUUGCGCAGAUGUUGAAGCAGGAGCCUCAUUCGUCAGGUGAUAGGGGCUGGGUUAUUAACCUCGGUUCGGUAUGGGGGUUGGUAGGAGCGCUAGGUGCUCCGGCUUAUUGCGCGUCCAAAGGUGCUAUUGUCAAUUUGACCAGGCAGAUGGCGUUGGAUUAUGCCCCUGAUCGGAUUCAUGUGAAUGCUAUUUGUCCUGGAGCAAUCUACACAGCUAUGAUACGCGAUUUUGAGGAGGCUUCACCCUCUGUAAUAGAGUCACUACGUCAGCAGCAGCCCUUUAAGGGAUUUGGGCAUCCAGAUGAUGUUGCCCGGAUGGCGGUGGUGCUGGCUAGCGAUGAUGCCAGCUUGGUGACGGGGGUUGCUUUGCCAGUUGAUGGGGGAUUCACAGCUCACUAG